AUGGAGGCCAACCAUACAGUGGAAACAACUGUGUCUUUGUCUGCUGUACAGUACAGAUUAAACGUCAUCUACGUUAUAAUUGGGUCAAUAGGGUUGGUCGGCAACAUGUUCGUAUGUUUCGUAUUCUGCCGCGUUCGACGACUGCGAUCCAUCACACAUCUGUUUAUAAUGAACCAGUCCGUCAUCGACAUGUGUAGUUCUCUCGUAUUCCUCGCUCUGAAGUUUAGACCACUCCGAAUAUCUGCGAAAGGCUUGGCUGCAGAAUUGUACUGUAAGUUCUGGCAUUCUGAAUAUCUCAUGUGGUCGCUGUUUCUCACCUCCACUAGCAACAUGUGUGCUGUAACUUUGGAACGGUACUUCGCUAUAUGCCACCCAGUUUUUCAUCGAAACCACUUUAGCAAGACCAAAGCCAAGAUCACCAUCGUCAUCGGGUGGGUUUGGGGGUUGCCAGUUGAGCUCCUUUGGGGGCUCCCUUUCUAUCACACUCCUGAUGGCUGUGCUAUUAAAUACAUCGGCUUCUAUUAUAAUGUUGUUUUUGGUAUUGGUAUAUUCAGUAUCGCUUGGCUUAUACCUUUGAUAUUGAUGGCUUUCUGCUACGUUAAAAUUCUGUUGAAACUGCGCAAUUCAAAUGUUCAACCAACUGAUGGUAAUCCCGAUGAUAACAAAAACUUUACUCUACGACGAACCCAGAAGAACGUUGUGAAGAUCCUUUUGAUAGUUUCUAUAACGUACGCUAUUUGUUGGGGACCAAACGAAGUUGCACUUCUGCAUUUCAACCUUGGCGGGUAUCUAGAUUUCACCAGUGAUUUCUACUUGUUUUCUGUUGCGUUGGUCUUCUGUAACAUGUGUGUAAAUCCAUUUAUAUAUGCCUUUCAAUACAAGGAGUUUCGUAAAAAUAUCCCAGUAGCAUUUGGAUGUCAAUGGAAGACACCAACAGACACUGAUUUGGAUGGCGGUUUGGAGACGAGUGUGACGGGGGCAGAAGGGCGUCAAUCAGUGUAG